AUGAGAGCUUGGCACGUUUCCGGUGCUCUUCAACAGAUUGUGGGCAGUCAAAGUGUCCUUUCGCAAGAACUGGUGCUGCUCCAGGCUGACGUCGAUAACGUUAACGACGAUGACGACAACAACAGCAACUGCCACGACGAUAACGAUAACGACGACACUCCGGCGGAAUCGGCACUCGUACCGUCCUCCGAGCCAUCGACUUACACCCCGCCGUGUCCGACUCGAUCCCGGACGGUCACCGCCAGUAUCAAGACCAAGACCAGGCAUCGAAAGCCACCACCACCCGCCAUUGGCGUUGGCUCAACCGCAACGGCAACUGCCCAUACAACAACAACAAGAACAAAAGUCACCGACUCAGCCCUCGACGCGACGUCUCCCAUCAAGGCGGCUCGACGAAUCGGUCUCGUCCUGACGCAAGAAGAGGAGGAACUCUCCGAUUCUGGUGACCCGAUGGAUGACAAUCAUCCACCGCACGGUACCACCCGUGUCUCCGACCCGACACGAUCCGCCCGGCUCGGAUCGCAACAGCCCUUUUCUUCUUCCAGGGCAACCCGCCCGGUACCAAUGCCCUUUCCCGGGUCUCCCGCAUCGCCCCCGGCAGCGUCCAUUCUACCGACGACGUACCUCGAACUAGGACAAGGAAGCUCCGCGUCGCCACACACCAGUGGAAAGCUACCAGUCUUGGCGACUUCUCCGGAAGCGUUGUCGUCCCCACUCAAGCCGUGUCGUCUCUCGCAAGAGUCCCGCUCAACGAAAGUUGAGCGUAGAUCGACCGACCGGGAAAAUUUCGAAUUCUCAUUCUCGCAAGAAUCGGCCGCAUCCACCAACACCACGGAUCCCAAUCUGGGACCGCUCCUACACGCCAUUGCCAUUCAGCAAACCGGUCUUUCCCAGGAACCUUUGUUCUUCACAUCCUCUCAAGAUUACGUCUAUCCGACCGUGGUCCUACCGUCCCAGCUCUCCGAAGAAGCCGAAGAAGAAGAAGACUCCCCUUCCGACUUUUUGCUCCGUCCCCGCAAGUCGCGUCGGCAGCGAAAACGGAAACACGAACCGAUCGCCAGUGAAAGCGACAACGAACCGUUACCACCAACAUCCAAAAAUCCAGCCAAACGAGCUUCCACGAGCUCCACCAAGAAGCCACCAGAAACCAAACGGGCAAUCAGCGAAUCCGCCAAAGUUCUCAAGCCUACCUCCAAGCCUUCCACGACAGCGCUCCCAUCUACAUCUCGAACAUCCACUAACCCCGCCGCUACCACACUGCCGCCAUCCCCCACACGAUCGAACCCACCAUCAGGAAAUCACUCUUCCGACCUUUCUCGGCUCCAAAGCCAGCCAUCCGCUCAAACGCAACAAUCGCCAUGCCCCACGACAUGGUCCGUAAGCUAUUCCAUUCCCAGUCCGAACUCGGCUGGGCAGAAGAGCAAAAACAAUAUCAAGAACAAUAUCAAGAACGACGCCCAACUCAGGCAAAGCAGCACUGCGUCCGCGGGCGCUACCGGACCGACUCCGGAAGUACAAAAGGCGGCACAAUUGGCCGCACGGGUCCUACAUGAUCCCGACUUGGCCAAGGCUCUCUUGUUGCGCAUGGCGUUGGUCCGGGAAUCACCCCGCCCCGCAUCUCAGCGCGUCGAUCCGCCUCCCGGAACCAUCCUUGCGGAGCACUUUGUCUGGGCCAAGUUUCCUUCUCUCGAGAACGUUUUGAAACUCCACAUGCUGGACUACUACCAACUCUCCAUGAGCAGUUGUCAAUCCAACGCGCAACAAGAGUACAAUAACCGCCUCGUGACGAUUAUUCGCGGUCACGUGUAUCGCAAGGGCUGGACGUUUUGUGAUCGAUACCGGAACUCGACGGAGGUGAAACCACUCCGGGACCGUAUUCGGUGUUACUACAAGACGCACAUUCAGAACGCCAAGAAGCGGUUGCGAACAAUGUUGCGCAAUCCGACAAAAAAAGCGAGUGCGAAGCACUUGGUCGCGCACUACGAUUUGAUUCAGGAAACGGUGGAGACGAGCGGCAAGGUCCAAGCCGUGGCGGAAACGUACGGCUCGGCUGCGAGCCACUCGCCACCACGGGGGAAAAAGUCCCCGAAGCGACGAAUCGAGGCGUCGUCGCGACGGAAUAAGGAAGCGAGUGAGGACUCUCUUAGUGACGAGGAAGAAAGGGCAACGCUUCUUGUUUGA